AAACAGGAUGGAGAUGGAGGUCACAGGGCAACAGCAGCUUCCUGUGUUGAUCGUCGGCGGUGGUGCUACGAAUGCAAAACGAUAGAAUUGUAAUGGUGCAUAAAAAAACAGUUUAAAAAUAAUCAAAUAAUAAAAAAAUGGGUAAGAAGCAUAAAAAACACAAGUCUGAGUGGAGAACCGUUGAUGAUUAUGUGAACAAGCCUUUGGAGAAGCCUCUAAAGCUGGUCCUAAAGGUUGGAGGAAGUGAAGUUACAGAGCUUUCAGGAUCAGGGCACGAUUCCAGUUAUUACGAUGACAGAUCAGACCAUGAGCGGGAACGGCAUAAAGAAAAGAAGAAGAAGAAGAAAAAGAAAUCUGAAAAGGAGAAGGAUAAGCAUGUGGGUGAUGAAGAGAGGAGGAGGAGGAAGGAAGAAAAAAAGAGGAAGCGGGAGAGAGAGCAGUGUGACACUGAGGGAGAGGUAGAAGGGGCCAAUGCGGUAAAGAAGAUGGAGGAAGAAAAAAAGAGGAAGCAGUUCGACGCUGAGGGUGAGGUGGAUGACUUUGACCGGGGAAUAAAGGUGGAGCAGGUGGAGCACCCGGCAGACAGGCCAGUCAGAUCAUGCAGAACUCAGCAGGAAAACGAUUGCACCCCUAUACAACAGCUACUAGAACAUUUCUUACGACAGUUACAGAGGAAGGAUCCCCAUGGGUUUUUUGCAUUCCCAGUUACUGAUGCUAUUGCUCCAGGUUAUUCCAUGAUUAUUAAGCAUCCUAUGGACUUUGGCACAAUUAAGGAUAAGAUUGAAAUAAACGACUAUAAAUCAGUGACUGAGUUCAAGGCUGAUUUCAAACUGAUGUGCGAUAAUGCUAUGGUUUAUAACCGACCAGAAACUGUGUACUAUAAGGCAGCAAAGAAGUUGCUUCACACAGGAUUUAAGAUGAUGAGCAAAGAACGGCUUUUAGCUUUGAAGCGCAGCAUGUCGUUCAUGCAGAACAUGGAUUUUUCUCAGCAGGCAGCUAUUUUGGGCAAUGAAGACACAGUAACGGAAGAACCAGUUCCAGAAGUUAUACCAGUGCCUGUUGAACCGACAAAGAAAUCAAAGAAACCAGUGAAAGACAUGAAUGAAGUUAUAAGCUAUCUGUAUGAACCAGAAGGCACAGCUUGCAGUUUAACAGAUAGCACAGCUGAAGAACAUGUCUUGGCAUUAGUGGAACAUGCAGCUGAUGAAGCCCGGGAUAGGAUCCACAGACAUCUUCCUACAAGCAAGCUUUCAAAUAUGUGGCUCUUGAUUUCUUCUUCAAUACAGCAAGACACCCACAGAACUCCAAACAAAAUGCAACUAAUCAAAAGAAAGAUUGGCUACCUGAAAAAGGAUGCCGAUGGUGCUCUAGUGUAUACUGUUGUCAACCAGUCUGAUCCAGAGACUGAAGAAGAGGAGACCCACCCUGUUGAUUUAAGCUCGCUGUCAAACAAACUGCUUCCUGGUUUAACUACCUUGGGCUUCAAAGAUGACAGAAGAAACAGAGUUACAUACCUCAACAGUGCCUAUAACACACAGUCAUUACAGAACAAUACAGUUUUCCCUGAUCUCAGGCCGGACGAAAUGGAACUCUUGUAUUCCGCAUAUGGGGAUGACACUGGUGUGCAGUGUGCCUUAAGUUUGCAGGAGUUUGUAAAAGGAUGUGGGAACUUCACAAAGACAAUAGUGGAUGGCCUGUUAGACCAGAUGACCGGCGGUGAUCAUUCCAAAGCUGUUUAUCAAAUAAGACAGAGGAGAAACAUCGGAAUGAAACCCCCAGAUGAGACAAAAACUAACCUAUAUGAUAUGCAGGUUGGGGAUGCAGCUGGCAUGGCUGGAGACAGCAACAGCUCUGUACUGGAUUUCAUGUCCAUGAAGUCCUAUUCAGAUAUGUCCUUAGAUAUGUCAAUGUUGAACACACUAGGCAAAACAGUAAAAAAAGAGCCAGAUCACGAAGAUGGCCAUCUCCAUUUUGAUGAUGCGACUAAGCUGCUACAAGACCUUCACGAGGCCCAGAAUGACAGAGUAGGAUCAAGACCCUCUUCCAACCUCAGUUCAUUAUCCAAUGCCUCUGAACGGGAUCAACACCAUCUAGGUAAAGGCUCAAAAAGAACAAAGAGUCCUGCUCAUCUAAGUGUUGGAGAACAAGCCGAAAUGGUUCAUGACCCUUACGAGUUUCUACAGUCUCCAGAACCUGGUUCCACUGCCAAUAGCUGAUUUUUAGUUUACUAUUGAGUAAAUGUCCACUUUUCUGUCCUCACCGAUUUAAAAUUUUCUUGGACAAUACCGAUAUCCGAAGAUUAUCUGCCCGUAUCGGCCGAUACUGAUAAUAAUAGUGCAGUUAAGCUAUUGUAUAUUGUAGUCUACUAGAACAGGACAUAGGGCUUUAUAAUUAUAGAUGUUAAAAAAUGAACAGAUAUCGUUUGCUUGUUGUAUAUAUGACAAAAAUGAACAGGUACUGUUUAUUUGUUGCAUUUCAGAAAAUGAAUACAAAAAAUAAAGUAGUAUUAUAUUG